AUGUCUAAAGAAGGCGGAGAUCUCAACCAAAUGGCCAAGGAUGGCACAAGCAUUCCCGGCGACGCAGGAAAACAGAAUAUACUUCCAUCAGUACCAAACCCGGAUCAGAAGUUGCGAGAUACAUCGGGAGGCAUCGGGGGGUCGUCGUUACAUAGUGCCGCCGAUAAUCCGAUCGGGGCAGAAAAGAACAUUGAUGAUAAUGCCGUAACUGCCAGUGGGGGCGCCGUUCCGCAAUCAACCGCAGCUAAACCUAGUGGUAGCGGAGGGAAGGAACGAGAGCCGGAGAGGUUCAAAACUUACUAG